UGGGAGGCAGCGUUUCAGUUCUGUUCAAACGCUUGACACUGUCGGUUGCCCACAUCCAAGACUCGCGCGUCUUUUUUUGUGGUGUUGAAUUUUUUGCUGUUUUUUUUUAUUCAAAAAAUGAAUCUAAUCGAUAAGGUAGUGCAAUAACUAAACCAUAACUAAACAGAAAUAUAUAAACGUAAUUUACCCGUCGUAAUUUUCUUAACCUACACAUAUAUUUUCUUAUCUGGUGUAUUGUGUGUAUGCGAUCUCUCGAUCGAUUGUGUUGUAUUUGAAACAGCUGCCAGCAUAAGAAUUGCACGGCGACUGAAAUAUUUGGACUGCCUAGUCUAAGGCUUGUGGCAGCUAUUUUGGAGUCCUCUUGCUACUGAUACUGUGUGCCAGCUAUAGCAGUGCACUGCCGCGUCGCGCGCUUGGCCGCCACCUGAUACUACCGCACCGCCACCACGUGCACCUGCGAUCAGCGGGGCAGGAGCAUAAGCCCGACGAGCACUCUCUGAAGUAUAAGAAGAAGCUCAACUGCACAAUGAACAUGGCCAACUACAAUGCGAUCAAUUUGAGGCAUGCGCGCGAUGUGGCCAUUGGCACGCGGGCCUCUACCAUUGAUCUCUUGACUGCCUGUUUCAAUGCGACCGAGGAGGAGCUGGCGCAACGCUAUCGCUUGCACAGCUUGCACCUGGACUAUCCGCUCAAGGAUGAGGUGAAUAACAGCCAGUACGCCGGCCAGAGGCAAGAGGGCAAGUCAUUGGAGGAUGAUGUGCUGGCCAUAUACCAUUCGCUAGUCAAAAUACGCCGGGUUCUGGCCAAUGAGACCAAAGCCCUGAAAGACGAACUGCGCAACAACUACUUUGUGUUCAUUGUGGAGAAGGUCGAGCACAACAUUGCCAACGUCGAGGCCCUACUCAGCUGCACGGCCGAAGGCGAAGGCCACAUUCCCGAUCCCUUCCAUAACCAUCCAUGUCGCGCGUAUGCCAUUGUCAAUGAGUUUGUCAAGCUGCUCCAUGUGCUGGAGAUAAAGUAUAGCUUAAUGCUGAGCCAGCAGGAGGCGGUGGAGGCGGUGGAGGCGAUGGAGGCGGCGGAGUGAGCAUAGCUACGUGCCACAUGCCACCAGCCAACAGGUGCCCCCCCCCCACUCACACAAGCAACUGUACAAGAUAAUGCCAAAAAAAAAAAAAAAAAGGAAGAGGAAGGAAGAAAAAGAAAUGAAAACUAACUUAAACUAAACAUCGAAUCAGCGAUCUAUAAUGCAAUUGCUAUAAGCCACAAAUCAGGCACAUACGUAGCACAUAUGUAUACAUAGUAUAUAUAUAUAUUAUAUGUUAUAUGUUAUAUAUUAUAUUUGAUCUUGAAUGCCAUCUAUGUUUACUAAUAGCGUGUAGUAGCUAAUAUAUUUAACAUGCCCUUAUUUAUUAUUAUUUAAUAUAGUUUGCAAGUCAAAAAUUCGCCCAUUUUUUUUUUA